AUGGACAAGGCCAGACAUCAGCAAUCUCUAUGGAAGGACUAUUUUGUAACUAUGGUGCAUGCUGUUGCCCUACUUCUAACACCUCGUGUCUCUGUCGACGACAUUGCUACUUCUCAAUCCUUGUAUAACACUGCCAUGCAAUAUCUUGUCCAUGUUUUCGCACAAGCCGAUUCUGUUCUACAUGCACAGGCAUAUCUUCUCCUGACUCUGCAUGCACUUCACUCCCCAUCCUCACAGAUGAUUGUCACAAUUGUCUCUGCAAUGAUGAGAUACUGUGUCAUGGCCCAACUACAUUUAGCGGAGAGCGAGCCGCAGGUGCCGAAUCCCGCAUUUUCCUUAGAGGUCCAAACCCGCCGUCGAGUGUUUUGGUCUGCUUAUGCUUUGGAUCGAUUUGUCAGUUGGAUUUACCUCAUUCCCAACAAUAUAAACGAUGAACACAUUAGCGUGGAGCUUUUUUCAAACGUCGGAGACGCCGACCUUUACCACGAAGGGUCAGAGGAUAGCCGCAUUCGAAUAGAAACACCAUCGCAGAAAACACAUGUCUCACCAGCUCUUCACCUAUUCCGGUGCAGACGUAUACAGUCCCGGAUCAUCAGCACCAUGAUGCGGUCUGAUUUCAAAGAAAUCGACGCCUCAGCGACAUGGCGAGAACAUAUGUUGGGUGAAUUGGACUUCUGGAGGUCUCAAUUACGGCUAUUGAGCGAUGUCGCCUCCAAAAGCUACACGAGUGAUCGAUGGGUUGGCAUGGCUUACAACUAUACAAUCCUCCUGUUAUAUCAGCCAACCAAAGCAAACGUCAAUAAUGGCUUUGGUGACCGGACUUUCCAAAAAGACCGACAGACAGCACAAUUAUGGCCUGGGCUCCUGAGCCAAGUCGCCGUAGGUAUCACCCUUCUAUACUGCUUCUGGGCGACUCCACCCCAAUAUCAAACCAUCGCCUACCGAUCACGAGAAGUCCCGGACGCAUUACGCGCUUGCUCAACUGCACUGGCCAUCCUGGCCGAGCGAUGGGUUCAAGCUGAACCUUUGCGUGAUGUUUUCGAUGUUCUAGCCAAAGAAGUUCCGCUCCACGGAAUGACAGAGGAAGACCCGCCACCGAGGCGCAUAUCGGCGGAGUCUGCUUCCUACAUUCAAUCCCAGAUGCCUUUGCUCACGUCGAUCAUCAUGCAUCGGGGUGUCCUGCGCAUGAUACGCGAGAUGAUCACGGAGGAUUUCCCUAGGAGUCUGAACGAGGAAUUCCACCACCAACUGCGGGCCUCGCAUGACCAAACUAUGCUUGGGACUUUAGGUAGUCACAUAUGCUCCGAAGAGUGUCCGUUUUUCCGUGAACCAGCUCAUCCUGGAUCGAUGGCUGGAGUGGAUGCCCAGGCUUUUCCUCCACUUGAAAACGGAAUUGGCAGUGCCUAUGGCGUUGACGACGACACGCUCAUGUUUCCGCUCCUCUUUGGCUCGGCGGAAUUUUGA